CCUCCUGGCUGGGGUAGCGCCCAGGCCAGUGCCCCUUCCAUGGCCACCUCCCUCCUCCUAGCUGUGUGGGGGCAUGAAUCAGCUCUCACAGCUUGUUAAAAGCUGGACCUCUUGUUUUCAUGCCCUCACCUCAGGAAACGGAGUUACAGCCUGUCCAGUUCUACUCAGCAGGGGGCCAGGGUCCUCACUUUAUAAACAUCGCCAGCCUGUAAGAGCAGAGGGCACUGCCAUGGUAUGAGACAGGAGCCCAAGGAGAGAGAAACCCGAGAGUCAAGGAGCAAGGCAAGGGAAGCAGGGGAUCUGGCCAGAGGAAUCUGAACCCAAGCCAAGAAGGGUCUGAGAACUGAGCUGCAGGAAUGGCAUUCAGGAUGCUCUGGGCUGGACAGGGCAAGGGGAUCCUGGGAGGCUGGAGGAUCAUCAGCUUGGUGGUGUCUCUGCUCCUGCAGCACCCAGGAGUCAACAGCAAGUGUUACUUCCAAGCUCAAGCCCCCUGCCACUAUGACGGGAAAUAUUUCACCCUGGGUGAAUCUUGGCUCCGCAAGGACUGUUUCCAUUGUACCUGUCUGCAUCCUGUUGGUGUGGGCUGCUGUGACACGUCUCAGCAUCCUGUUGACUUCCCUGCGGAGUGUGAAGUACGCCAGGAGGCAGGGACCUGUCAGUUCUCUCUAGUGCAAAAAUCUGACCCUCAGCUGCCCUGCAAAGGGGGAGGACCUGACCUAGAAUGGGGCUCAGCUAACACCCCUGUUCCUGGGGCUCCUGCUCCGCACUCCAGCUAAAGGAUCACCCAUCUGCUGACUGCUCACUGCUGCUGCCACUUCCAGGGAAACCACUAGCAGCUGCCAAUUUACUCUGAAUAAAUAAAU